AUGGAGGUAUACAUUGAUGAUAUGGUUGUAAAGUUAGAAAGAGCUGAGGAUCACUUGGUUAAUUUAAAAGAAGUCUUUGCAAUACUAAGGCAAUUCAACAUGAGGCUGAAUCCCGAAAAAUGCGCAUUUGGCGUGUCUUCCGGAAAGUUCUUUGGAUUCAUGGUUUCAAAGCGAGGAAUAAAGAUAAAUCCAGACCAGAUAAAGGCAAUCGAAAACAUUAUCGAUGAACUCAACAGCAAAAAGGAUGUGCAAAGUUUGACUGAUCGGAUAGCAGCAUUAUCUCGAUUUAUUUCAAGAUCAUCGGAGAGAUGCCACAAAUUCUUCACUGAGAAGCUGUUUCUAUACCUUGCCGUCUCAGAGGUAUCGUCAAGCGCAGUUCUGGUACGAGAAGAUGAAGGUUUAAAGCUUGCUUUGGAAUACGGACCAGAAAGCAUCAAGGUAAACUGUGAUUCGCAAUUGGUGGUUAACUGGGUGAAUGAAACUUUCAGUAUAAAAGAACCACAAAUGCAGAAGUAUCAAACACACAUAUCAGACCUCCUUGCAAGAUUCAAAGACUGGAGGUUAGAGAAGGUUCCACGGGAAAGCAACGUCGUGGCCGAUGGUUUAGCAAAAUUGGCAUCAACUGCUGAUCCCGCAGAACCAGAGAGCAGAAGUGUGAUCCAUUUAUUGCAUCCAAUUGGUUGUGAAAUUGAAGUACGUGCAACGGGAUCAGCAUAUGAUUGGAGAAAUGAGAUACUUGAUUAUUUGCAACAAGGGACUCUACCCGCAGAUAAGAAAGAAGCACGAAAAUUACAAGUAAAAGCUGCUAGAUAUUGCCUGGUUUACGGAGAGCUAUAUCGGAGAACCUUUGGAGCGCCACUCGCCAAGUGUUUAGGCCCAACAGACACAGAACCCGUUAUGCAACAAGUGCAUAGUAGAUAUUGUGGAAAUCACUCCGAUGGGAGAUCAUUAGCCCGAUGCAGAAUCAACAAACAAAACGAUACUCAGAGAUUGAAAAGACAACUCGGCAAUGCAAAAGAAAGUUGGCCAGAUGUCUUUCCCGAAGUUCUUUGGUCUUAUCGAGUUACGCACAAAACUAGUACUGGAGAAACACCUUUUUCACUAGUCUAUGGAGCCGAGGCAUUGGUACCAAUUGAAGUAAUGGAGCCAAGCAUAAGAUAUGCACAUGCAACAGAUGCAGAAAACAUGGAAGCAAUGAAGGAUGGACUUGAUUUGUUGGAAGAACACCGAGAAUUGGCUCUGAUCAAGUUAACAACACAGAAACAACAAGUGGAAAGAUACUAUAACAAUAAGGCCAAAUUACGGCAAAUUAAAAUUAGAGACUUGGUCAUGCGAAUGAUAACACCAGCCACCAAGAUACCGAACGAAGGCAAACUAGGAGCAAAUUGGAAAGGACUCUAUAGGGUUAUAGCUAAUGCAGGGAAAAGGAACAUUUCAAUUAGAAACUUUGGAUGGGAAGAUUGUCUCCAACAACUACAACAUAAGCAACUUAAAGCUCUUCCAUUCCUGACAUUUAGUUGCAUUCGAUAA